AUGUCGUCCUUUCAUUGUCCCUUCAACAGAAGCCUCGCCUCGAGGUAUUUUAAAUAGUCUAUUCCUCCAAGUUGGCAGCCAUUGGUCCCAAGGACUUCCUUCUCCUGCCCGCUAAUGCAGCUCGAAAACCUCCCGUCUUCCCACCGUUCGUAGAAAAACCGAUCGGUCUGACUUCAUCAUUCAUCCGCGACACAGCAGUCUUUAAGUCACUAAAACUCGUGGCUACUAAAGCGAUAUUGUCAGGGCAGUCGAGAUCAGUCACUUGGCGGCGGCUGCGUACUCAACAUCGUUGGAACCAUGUAGGACCCUCCCAAAACUAUAAUCAGUGUGUGGUCGAGCGGAUGGGCGACGGGGUACUAACUUGUGGGACGCCGGAUGAAGUAUCGAACUGUUGCUAAAGAUCGCUGUUAAUUUGAAAUGGCGCAAUGAUGGAGUGAUUGGCGGCCUUGAUCAUGACGAUGGCUUUCAUCGGUGUACCGUUUAGCUUUAUUGUCUGCUACAGGCACUUAUAAUGGUUGGAAUCGAACGGUACAGCAAAGUCGACGAACCGGACUGCCAUCGAUUGUUGGCGGACAUUUCUUACACCGAUAAAUCUAUAAUUGUUAAGUGGAUCAUAUUCUGCCUCGUUUGCCCUAGAAUAAUACAAAAAUCGCUGUCCUAGAUUUCGACUAGCAGUCCGCCCUCGCCCACGGUUUUUUCGCACAAGACACUGGAUUACUGCUUUAAUUUAAGCCUUAGACUCCGUAACACAGUCGUAGUCACAAGGAUCCUUGCAAAUGCGGCUGCUGUAAAACCCACUCUGCGCGCAUCCAGAGAAGGCAAGUUGAGCAACUCUGGAAAAGUUUCUCGGUAGCGCGCCAGUCGUCCCUUGAUUGACAUGGUAGGGAGACCUACCCUCAUUCCGAUGGUAUGACUGACCGCCAAAGUGUGCUUUGACGAAUGUCGAGGGACUUGAUCGAGGCGUCUUUCGUCGCUAGUAAUGGGGACUCCUACCAAUUCCGAUCUCGUAUUCUGCCAUAUGACGUUCGGUCGACCCUCCCUAACCAUGUUGCCUGAUGGCGCGGUGCUCUUGUUUUUGUGUUGGGCCAAUUUGGGCUCCAUACACCAACUGAAAAUUCAAUGGCUUUGGCUAGCAUCCAGUCCUGGAGUUUGCACUCGCUGCUACCUAUAUGAAACGGACUGUUUCCGCAUUAACCCCAGGCUGUUAUGCAUCAUGGUGAGGUGGUUAGUAACUUCCCCCUCAAAGCGGUUGUCCGUUUACUUGCAUUAACAUUUGCGAGCAUCGAGCUUUCGAGGUCGAAUGAGUCAAGUGAAUGCAUUGCUGUGCAAAAACUUACUACCUGUCACGCGCACCUCCAUGCCCUGAGCAACGAUCAAAGACCUAUAUUGCACAGCGCUUGCCUACAGGAAUUUAGAUAACCUGUGCAACUGUCCCGCCAUCGUUUAGAUACUAGCUACCUGCUUGGUACUUGGUACGGCUGCGAUCAUGUCUGAUCUUGCCGGCCUCGAUGAUGUCCCUAACUGUACCUCUCCAUGCGUGACGAUCCGCGGCAGCAGAUCUGGACAGUUCAACCUAUUCCCUUCGCCAACGACGGAGACUAAAUGCCGAAGGUCCAAGAACAACCUCCAUCUCUUGACGAACUGUGCCGAGCCAGGUUUUGAGUUGACCCCCUCUUCGACGGCUCCAACGGGGUAACGGUGAUGGAUCGAAGGCAGUAAUACUGAGCUCCUGAGGUGGACGACGAAGAACAUGUCCAAACCACCUCAGCCGCCUUUCUUGGAUGGCCUGGGUUAUCCUUGUGAUGUUGUCGCAGCGAGCGCGAACUGUAUCAUUUAGGACGAAUUCGGUGUACUUCACUGGAAGGAUGGUCCUCAAGUAGUGGUGGUCAAAUACCUUCAGUUUCCGCUCGUGCUCCACGCACACAGCCCGGAAUUCACAACCAUAGAGGUGCAGACCGAACAGAUGCACGGUACAUGCGAGCCUUAAUGGCGAUGGAGAUUUCGCGUCGGAUUCACUGACAUUUUCUAGUGCUUGAGAAAACCCGGCGGCUAACAUCAAUUCGGCAGCAGUCUGACCCUGAGGUAUUUAAAACUGUAUACUUCUUCAAGUUGACAGCCAUAAAUCCCGAGAGGUUCCUUCUCCUGGUCAGGGAUGCAGCUGGAAAACAUUUCAGUCUUCCAAGCGCUUAUGGAUAAACCGACCAAUUUAGCGACCUCGUUCACCCGUGAUACCAUAGACUGUAAAUCACUAACACUUAAAGCAAGUAGGGCAAUAUCAUCGGCAUAGUCGAGAUCAGUCACCCGGUGUCCGGGUGCGAAUUCAACACCGUCACCCUCGUGUAGGGCCCUCCCGAGAAUCCAGUCAAUAGCGUUGUUGAACAGAAUGGGCGACAGGAUACAACCUUAUCGAACGCCAGACCGAAUACCAAACGGUUGGGAAAGAUUGUUGCGGACCAGGACUCGCGCGGUGGUGGAUUGGUAAUAGGCAUUGAUUAUGGCGAUUAUUUUUGGCGUUACACCAUCUGGUGUCAUUAUCCGCCAUAGACGGAAUCGGACGCGGCGGCAAAUUCAACAAAGCAGAUGGCCGUCGGUUACUGGUAGCUAUGACGAACUUUGGGAGUACGCCUCAAUGUGAAUACCUGGUCCGCGCAUCCACGUCCAGUACGAAAUCCGGCUUGGUUGGGCCUCGUUCUAGAGUCACGCACAACCUGGAAUCGCCUGAGUAGGACAAUAGCGAAGAUCUUCGCGGCAACAUCAAUGAGGCUUAUGCUGCGGCAGUUCUCGCAUCUCGUCUUAUCGAGAUCGAAGUUGAGAUUAUGCUGGAAGUGCUCACGCCAGCGUUCGACUUUGGCCGAGUUGUCAGCAAUAGAGCCGCCGUUCACGUCGCGAACAGUCACUCAGUGUAGAGGGCUUACCGCUAACUUGGCGUAUAAGUUAGUAGAGUUUUCGAGUGUCACCAACGUUCGAGGCCGGUUUCAUGGAGGUCGCUAUUUCAGUCGAAUAUUGCCUCCGGUUAUGCUGGUUAUUUUGCCCUUCAAUCGUAGAAGGACGACCCUUGCGGGCAGUUUCCCAUGUCAGCCGAUCGUCUGGCCGAAAUUGUUGGAAAGAUUAGACCGCGACGGACACGGACGCGGUCAUUCGGCAGCCUCUUCGUCCUUUGAGCUAGAGCUGACAAACAGCCUCUGUGCACAGAAAUUACACCCAUACUAGUGUCACAAACAUGGUUAGACGGUAGCAGAACAAGGUGGUGUUGCUUAAGUUGGAGAGCAGAGGGGAGGUCAGGCUACCCUUAUCUGGAGUCUUAUUUUUGUUCAGAAGAAUAUGCAACUUAGUAAAGCGUCCCCCACGAAUUCCAAGAACACCCAACUGAGAUGGCCCAGGGAGGGCAGCCCAAUCAAAAACGCAUAUAUAUAUAGUCCGUAGUAGUCGCUGUAGGGUUGAUCGGAUACGGCUGCUUCCGACUUGGUCAAGGGGUUGUCAAGUUUGCGCUACCCCAUUUGCGUACGAGUGAAAUGCAUCAGUAAAGACCCUGAUCCGCAAUAAUUCCAACAACCACCCACACAUACAAGACGGCCUACGGCAGAUCGUCUUAAAGUGUGUGAACAGGUAACUGUAUCCGUCAGUACCAAGGUCGACCAUCCAAACAGGCGCGGCGUCUAUGUACAGACAUUCAAAAGUACCGCCCGGCUUGGUGUUCGAUCGCUUGAUCACUGGCAGAGGUCACACACAGUGCGUGCGACCCAAGCUGUCUCUGCUGAUCCUCUUCCACACUGGUGCGGAUGUACGAUCCUGGCGAGAAUGCAAAACCAGCCAUCCAGCAACGGUAGUGGUGGUGCGGUUCCUUGGUGUCAUACGAGGCGUUCACCGAAGAAAGUAUUUUUACUAUCUGGAAUUCCGAAUAGCGAAUUUGGCUGCACACCUCAGAAACUGACAAGUUCAGCUACUCGGUCGGGCCUUAUAACGCCAGUUACGUGGAGGCCUCGCCAGUCUCGGGAGAUGACCAACAAGGCUGACCGCUUAGUAUGUUUGACCAUAAUUGCACUUCACUUGCGGAAGGCAUCAAGUAUACGCAUCGCAUCUGACCCAUUAAGCGAGUCUAAGUCAUGGACUUUACCUAAUAAGAAUAUCCAAAACAAUUUUUCCCUGGCCACCAUAGUUACAGGACGGAUGCAGUCUACUCAUCCAGCCUCCUGGCUGGCCUGCGGCUAAGGAUGGGGAAGCGUCUUCCUCUUUGGCAAAUAGGGGACCGCAUACGCCUUAUAAUAGUUCUUGUGACCAUGACUUCUGCCCCAUGGCCGUCUGUGUAGGUUCUUUUUCUACUACCCCGCUUCCCCACAUGGUUGCUGUAACCAACAGUACUGGUCCUUUUAGAGAAAAAACCUGUUCCUUCAUAGGGACUCAGCGUUUUGGUGUGAGACAGGUUCCCCGGCUAUAUCUGAUUUCGAGUCUGACUUUAUCGCCUACUUCCUUCGUUUAAUUUAUGAUAGCAACUCGUUCUCUCUGUCCACAAGAUACAGCGGAUAGAAAUGUACCUUUGUGGUCGGCGAAAUCAUAUUCCAUCACUGCAGCGGCCCAACCGAAGCCCUUCAGGAUAACUACCUUUUUGCGUUUUCAGUAUGUUUUGACAUCAUGCUUGUUUACUCCUCGCUGCAGUUGCCUCGCCGCCUUUGCGACAGUAAUGAGUUUCGGAACAGAUCGCACCGCCGAUUUCCUCCAGGUCCUUCAACAGUCGGGCCGCGCAUCACACAAUCUCCCAAAUGGCCAUGUAAAUGCCGCCUACGUACCCGAUUCUCCUCCUCCUCCAAACGGCCUGCAGAAACCCUCCUCGGAUGACAGACCCUCCAAUGGCCUCUUAACUGCCAAUGGACGAACGCUGAGGGCGCGACAGGACACAUCGGCGUUUAAAUCCCGUUCGCAGUUUGCUGGUGUGGCUGCGCAAAUAAGUAAGGACUUAGCUGUAACCUGUAGCCGCCUCGAGAGUCUCAGCACUCUGGCCAGACAGCGGACCCUCUUCAAUGACAACUCCUCCGAGGUUCAGCGGCUGACCCUCAUCAUUAAGGAUGAUAUCAACAAUCUGAACCAUCGAAUAGCCGAUCUCCAGAAGAUCUCCAAAGUCCAGGUUAGUCAGUCCUCCCUCCAACCCUUUCACACCCUCCACCAAUCUGCCUCCGGGCGUUGCCACUCUGUGUUUAAGGGAGUCCUUGUUCACCCUAAAUCCAACCCAUUCAAAAUAAUGUCAGCACUUCGUGAGGACUAGCCGUUUGUAAAAUACAUCGUAGUCGCCUUGUUUACUUGUGAGUGACACCGUGCGCCCUACAACUUCAUGUUGAUGAUGUUUCGGCUCCUCGCGGUACAUGGUGGUUCUGAAGGCCUGCAACUAACUGUAGAUGAUUGGUAGUGUUUUGGGACGAGUACUGAGUGUCCACAAAGUCUUGCGGUAGUUUUAAAAGUUUGGAUGCUGACGUUUUCCUGCUGAUAGCAUUAUGUACUAAAAGUCAUAUGGAAGUACAACACAUGAAAUUUCAUUCGUUCCACACUUUUUGGCUGUCGCACCCCAGCAUGGCCUCCGCCUUUGUUAAUUCAUUUUUAGAGCUCACUUUCGAACUCUAUAAGUACAUCUCUUAACUAACGGGCUGUUAUUGUCUGGCUUUUUUUGUUAUUGCCGCCCUGGUUUCCCUCAGCAUGAGGUUUCUUUGAGUAGAUGAUUGUCCUGUCAUCCCUCCACGCCAACAAAUUACGUGAUGAAUAGAUAAGAUGAACUUUUUCCACUUCUACCCAUCCAAUUUGUCUGUAAUUUGUUAGUCAGAACGGUCGAGGAUUACAUGCAUGAUGGCAGGGUGUUCUAUGCUGCUGGAGAAAGGAUUUUGUGCCUAAAAUUCUGAACCGCAAACAUCCUGUUGCAUUGUCAGAUUAUUUUCGUCCUCUACCGCUUAUUCGUCAAAGAUGGGAGGGCCUGUAGGCCUCGACUUUUUGAUUGCGCACCAUACACACACCACGCAGUAUUCGUCACGUGUUCAGAUUUCUCCUGGUUUUUAAUUUGCUCAUUUGCGAUAAUCGGGGUCAUUGGGAAGACCACAACUGGUCGACCGUUUUUACCCACGAUGCCCACCGUGUGCUCUACAGGAGGGUGAGAGAGCAGAAACGGUAACUUACAUGUGAUGUAGCUUAAAGUGAUAGUAGACUUGCACAGCAUCCACCACACUCUCCUCCCCCACUUGGGCUGGGUGUCGUACCAGAGUCAAAAAUAUCGGACAGGGGAGAGGGCGCGGGUGUCCUGAACUGCAAAAACUCGCUUCCGGAAGUACCAUCACACCUGGUCCAUAACGUACACUGACCAAAAUUUUACACAACAAGAAAAAGGCGGGCAACUCAGAGCCCAACUGGCGGGACAUGGGCCUGUACCCGGGCGUGCCACUACAUCCCCAUUUGCUAUCUGUACGCACCCCCAAUGACGCCUUUCGGACCCCGAUCUGGCCCCCGUGUUAGUCUAACACAUCUACCACGUAGUCCGUUUUAGGGGCCGACACUUUAGUUAUUCCGCGGAAUUUCUCGGUUUAUGAUCUCGGUAUCCGACCCCGUGUGACACUAUUCCUCUUUUCAUUCGUGGGCUAGUUUAAUUUUGCAGACAUCUUUUGUGUAACUCGACUUUCAGAAUUUUGUGCACCAUUUUUAAUGAGAUGUCAAUAUUACUGGCUUCUCACUGAAAGGAUUUUUUAAACUCUUCGCAAAGACUUCUGUUAACGACAGACCUCCCGAAUCGUGAUUUACCAUUAACCCAUCCAGUUGCUUCAUACUUUUCAUCCAAAUACUUCGUGGACUUAUGUGGGUUGUAUAGUGUCUUCUCGGGACUGUUGCCGAUUUACGCUCGGCAAGCCAGCGCUGGCGGUUAAUUUCCUUCUCAACAGAUCGACCAUUUGGUUAAUUUUCAGAUUAAAGGACAAAAAAGUGAGAAAAAAAACAAAAACGCCCAUGUGGUGGUGGAAAUUAUAACAGAGGUUGGACUCAAAAGAGGAUGAGGUGUAUUGGGGGUCUGACGUUUCGAGUAGUUGUUUCGUCUACUCAUCUUCGGGGACUGGGAAGUCAUGCGCACAGCUCACCUUAUAUGGCACAUUUUGUUUGAUGCGUGGCCCGCCAAUGGCGCCUGCGUGGCUGCAUCCGACCCGCAUGUCACCGUGACCUGAAUCGCCCCGCCCUCGUAGAUGACUGACGGCCCCAAUUGUCUCGCGCCGUGACUGUCCCCCGUUAAGAAGGUUCGUAAAGUCAGAUAGGGGGAGGCAAAUUGAUGUGGCGGUUGACAGAACAGUCGGUGGACAUCCAGGCUUCUUGCACCUGCCUUGACGUAUGAUCAUCACCCCGGCCCACAAUUUCAACGGCCUCGAAGUUGAAGCUGUGCCCCAUUUGCGCGGCAUGGGUUGCUACCUCCGACUUUGGGUCCAACCUUCGCACGGCCAACUUAUGCUCGUGCACUCGCGUUUGCAGCCGUCGGCCGGCUUUCUGAACGUAGUUGCAGUUCCCGUAGUUGCAUUGAAGUCGGUAGACAAUAGCCGACAUCUCUCCCUUAGGGAUCGGGUCUUUAGGCCGCAUCACUUGCCGGCGGAUUGUUGAGUCAGGCCUGUGGACAACGCCUAUUCCGAGCGAUGCGAGGGGUCUAGCCACGGAAUGCUCCGCCACGAUUUUGACCGACUAUGUUCUUCAUUCCGCUUCCUUGGAUGCCUUCGGCACCGUUCAACGAAUGCUCGCGGAUAGUCGUUGGCUCUGAAGAGUUCGUGAAGGAGCUUUAUCUCGUCCAGUUUGGCGGCUGGCGUGCUGCAAUGAGUUUCCACCCGUCGAUAUAGCCUGCGUACACAGCUUCGUUUGUGCUGCAGUGGGUGGUUGCUGUUGUAACUGAGCAUUUGCAGUGUGUUCGUCGGUUUUCUGCAGACUGACGUCGCUAGUUUGCCGUUUGGUUGGCGGCAGACGAGAACAUCCAAGAAUGGAAUUGUGCUCUCCAAUUCCUCUUCCAUCGUGAACUGUAGAUCGGGAGUGAUUGAGUUCAGCAGCUCUUCAUAGUAGUUGAUUUUAUUCUAACCGAUGAUUAAAAAGGUGUCAUCAACGUAGCGCGCCCAAAACAUGGGUUUGUACUCCUCGAACAGUCGCUCCUCGAGAGGUUGGACUUUCGUAUCGUUUACACUAAGUAAUUUUAUUAUUUGUGCAGCCAUAGGUAUCCAGACAAUUGCAGGACACUAUAAACACCCUGCAAAAGUCUGCUUCUUACUGCUGUCCGAGGGAUAGGGGGAGGGAUGCGCUGUCGAUCCUGCCAGCAACUUGCGACUCCGACCAGCAUCAGGCUACCGAUCGAACACAGUGUCUCUCCGAGCACCAGCCUGGCCGUCAUCAGUAUAUGCCUCUAGAAGACUACAGAGUACAGGAACUGGUGGGAUCGUAUUAACGCCUAAUGAACUCCCCCUCCCCGCCCCAUGAAUUUACGAUCAGUAAAGCGGAAGUCUUCAUGUACCUGGCAGUGGCUGGGUCAUUCCAAGACAAUAGAAGUACACCCGCCUUCUUCAAGUCCAAACCGAUGGAAGUUACGAAGUUACUUUACCUCGGCGAGACUGGGCAAGUGUGGACGCGUCCUCGUGGACGUAGAAGAGUUACCGUAUAACAUGCAGGAAGUGUCGCAGGGUGUGACUUACCCCUGGCGGAUUAUGUCACUGUCCUCUGCCUCCCGCUCACGCCAGUGACUUUUAGUCAACUCCAUGGUAUUUGCGGGAGGUUCGGGUGCACAGCUAUCCGCGAGUAACUAAAGUCUGCGGGUACUUGAAACCCCGCUACAAACGCUUGUAACCACCUAUUUUUGUGUCCAAACAGCAAAUAUACCCUAGGUUGUCCUCCUAAAACAAUUCGAUAUUAUUUCAAAGUCAUUUUACAACACUACCCUUAAAAGUGUAUGGCUUACAGCUACCCCGAAUGCACCUACAAUUGUGAUUUACCAAGACACGUAUAUUUUCUUUUAUGUGGUAUUCAUGCCUUUAGAUGUGUUCUACGCAAAAAAAGCAGUCAGCAAGCAAGUGGGAGUAAACUGUAUCUACAAUUUACGCAUUUUUAAACCAGCUUAUCUUUCUACUUUGCACCCCUCUCCUCCCCGUGCCGCCCCCUCCCCCACCCUGCUCUCAACACCGUGUCACCGUUGACUUUUCAGCCGGGUCAAAGCCACCAGUCAGCCAAACACUCCUCCUCUGUCCUCAUGAACCUGCAGACACGACUGGCCUCCAUGUCAGAUAAGUUCAAAACAGUGCUGGAGCAGAGGUCGGCAGUUUUACAAUCACAGGCAGCCCGUCGGAACGAGUACUCUGCUCGUCUGCCCUUGGCGUCUUCUGCUGCUAGUGUUGACGACGUUCCCCAACAUCUCCUCCUCUCCGCGACCCAACAACAGGUUGGGGAUGCCAGUACCCGGUCUGCGGUCAUCGUCCCAUCAAUCCUCCUCCAAGUGAGUUCAACACAGUCCCUGACAGCGAAGUAUUCGGCCAGCGUCCUCAGCGAGGUCAUGUCUGAGUCGACUUCGAAGCUGAUUGGCCAGUCUAGACAGCCGCUAUUGGCUCGGCGUUGCAACACUCGCCUGCCUUAUCGGUGGUUACAUAGAAUUAACAUUAAAUUUUGUUGGGCAUCAGAUUCUUCACCGUUACCAAGUAAAUAAGGACUUCCAACCCACUUUUAAUUACAGCAUAUUGCCAGUUUGGGGAAUAUUUUCAAGCAUACUGAAAAUAUGUGUAUAAACUGGAGAUAAAUCCCUCCUUGGAGAGGGAAGUAUGUUCGUCUGAAAGCCCCCCACUCCCGGUAACUGAAUUCUCCUCUUGUUUCCUACUGAGCCUAUGUCGGGGGGAGGGGGAGGGGGUGGAUUUUUGAAGACGAAAUAGGUUUGUCAGAAAACAGUUGGCCGAAUGCCAAAAUUCUCACCUAGGUGCCUUCUUGCAGAGGGUUAGGUAUCAUACCGUUCUACUGCAACCACUUGCAUGCGUUUUUGUUUCCAUCAGUUUAUGCAGUCUGGUAGACGAAAUCCUUGUUUUGCGAUUAUUACUAGCCAACAUGCUAUCGCUUUUGCUGUCUUGGUGCCCGCAUCUUCCCCUGUUUAAAGCUCCCCCUGGAAAACAUCUAAAUUCUAUCAGGAUGCCAUGCCGUGAUUGUUCUCCAGACAGAAAACAACAAGACACCAGAGCCGGCCAAGAGCGGGGGGGGGGGAAGAGGACAGAGUCUACAGCGCCUCGCGUUAUUGUACCAAUGUGAAAUUUGGGCAGUGCAACCUGAAGGUGCAUUUAGGUCUGAGUGUCCGUCAGAGCACGUCGCCGUCACCACCAUCGCGCCUACGCCCUCAAUCUACUUUCCCCCUAAGUUCAAGCUCUGUGCAGGACAGAGAUUUUUACUGAGGCCCACAGAAUGACGAGCUUCCAAGUAUGGCCAAGUCUACUCACAUUCGAACAUGCAUAAAGUGGGCUGAGGCGCUCCAUGCUUAACGCUUAUGAACCUUUAAGGUUAUUGAGCAGGCAAGUACCCUCCUUCGGCGCCUGUGUUACUCGUGAAGUUUCACUAAAGUACGCGAAAUAUAGCCCUCCAGUUGUCUCAAAAGCCGUGGCGUUUCCCCGCGGUCGUUUGGCGUAACGGUUCCUUGGAGUGCUUGUUGUACUACCUGUAGCGGACAUCUUCAUCCACCUCGUCCGCGCACUAGCAUUACACUGGGCGGCGGGUGGGAUUUUCCUGUAACUUUUGACUUUUUUCUAGGUAGCCAAUUAGUCACGUCUGAAGGUGUUGCCGCUGCAUGUUCCGUGACCUUGGCGGAUCUGAGGACCGGCUUCUUUCGCAACUAACUUUCUUUGAAGGCAGUUCUACUGUUGGCUGUCUGUGGAUGCGCCGGCUAGGCCAGCGACCAGGCCUCUGGAAGCAAUUUGUUGGUUCUACCAGCAGGUGUCUUCUGAAUUUAGGUAUAUAUUGGCGGGUCGGAAAAAAAAACAGACCUUCCUCGGCAGCCAAACUGAGGGCGCGUCCGCAGGUGGUGGUUAGUGGAACAUCUCUCCGGUACUUGGAACCUCGGGUCGAAAUUAAAAAAAACGAAUUGGACGUGUCUGAGUAAUGACGCCAGAGGGGACUGCUUGUCGAUCUAAUAAAUUAGCGACUGCAGAAGGCAAGCCGAAAAUCACAGUAGUUCUACGGCAUAGCAACCGUUACUUAUCAGAAAUUAAGCCUUUACCCGAGCAUUUCGAAUUCUGUCUAGGGGUGGAGUAGGACUAUGGGGCUCUCUCUGAUUUCAUCUUCUGGUUCCUUCGUGGUAUUUCACCACAGUUUAAUCGGUGGCCAUACUUCCAAUAGGAGUCUACUUUGACUGUUCCUUGCCGAGCCUAUUUUCGCUCAUUCUGUCCGAGUCAGUGUCAUGUCCUUAAGUGAAACAGUAAACGGGCCAGACCCAAGGAUCGAGAUGAGCCCGACGUACUGUGAUGCCAUAAACUCUGGCGCAACAUUGAUGCUAGUCUAAGUAGACAAAAGUGCGUUUUUCUGUAGUCAGCGUUCUUUGUGUGGAUACGAAUCCCGAGGACAACAGCUAAGAAUAAACAUGCAUCUUUAAUCUUCUCCGUCACUAAUUAUCAUCACCUGCAGUAUAGCGCGUCGGAGUCAGCGCUUCGCGCGUACAUUCGAAUCACAUGGUGUCUGCCAGUUGCCGUAAUUAGAGGGCGUUUCUACGCCCACACGUUCUUAUCGUGUUGCCAACGAAACGAAGCCACAUACUUUCGGUUGAGGUCAGCAGUUCGCACUCCGCUGUGAGCACCGUUUGCACUACGACCUUGUGGUGGGGUUUAAUCUAUUUUGCUUUAAAGGACCUGUUUAUUUAUAACCUAGUACCAGGCAGUGAAGUAAGCGCUUCUCCAGCCCUCAUCGCAAGGGCUUGUAUUCAAGGCUGUUUUCGUACGUCUGUCUUCGGCAUGACUUUCAGCUUACAUCAGCUACCACCGAGGCUUUGGGAGCAUCUAAGGCCUCUGACUCUGUGUAUCUCUGGACACUCUCCGAAGAAGCGUGUAAACAAUGUGGAUGCUAUUUGUGUAAGGCUUCCCUCUGCUAGCUGCGGAUAUCACAGACCAUUGGUUGGAUACACUCUUGAUGCGCAAGAGGGAGCAUUGUUCAAGCAAAGCGGGACCAGAAAAUCCCCUUAAGGGCACCUUCCUCAUCAUCACCAGUUCGCCUUACCAACGGCGCUAAUCAAGACUACCACAGUCGCCGCCACCGUCGCCACCGCCACUUGGCGGAGCUGGACCUUUAAUCAUCGCCUGACCACCUGACUGGCGAAAUCACAUCACGUGCGCAGAGCACAGUACGAUAGGCGCCAUUCAGGGCUAUAUCGGUUAACCAGCGGAAAUAUCGUUCGUGUAGACAGCCGUCCAACGCAGACGCGACUACAAACCAGCACACUGCUGAACUAAUAGUCCACCUUGCCUCCUGAACCCUGUCAAGUUCUGAUCGCACCUUUUCGGCGGAUACCUGUGUGAGUCCUUACGAGAUCGCAAGACAAUGGGUGUGAGAUAAGGCACCGUCUUCUAGCUAAACCAGGACUUUCAUUUACCCGACUGCGAUAAAACUGAGUUUCACCUCCAACCUCUGCUUAUCUCCUGAUAAUCAUUGCCUCCAACCACUGCGUUUCACCCUUCUACCUUAAAGUUUACAACCACCUCCAAGAACUUACUAUACUUAGGGAGACGCUCAAACAGCCAGAUGAGGUGGUUAUCUAGACAACACAUUGUCAAAUAUGGGUAGUCUGAAGUGGUCCUCAUCCGCCUUGUAUUACUGAUUAUCAGGCGUGUCCCGAAUACCUUCCUAGGAAUGGGCCCCCACCUGGGAGUGAGUUUUAGUCCAUCAUCGGCAAUUAAGUCGCAGUAUUACGUAUUGCUGCUUGCUAAUGGGACUACGGACUUUGCUCAUCUAUCUGCCCAAGUGCGGUCCAAGUGCAAUGGUACCGCAAUACGAGGGCCUCCUUCCCGACCAUAAACGGAUCUUCCGUCGCCGAACAUUUGGACGACCUCAGCGACCCCUAGCCACUGUGAAGAACUUUUUCACGAUUCUUCUUGAAGGCUGUGGAAGAUGCUGAUUGUGAGCGACAUUUUUACCUCCUUGUGUAAACCUCCACCAGAAUUGACUUAGCUAGCUCGAGUAUUACGAAGGAGUGUAGUCCAUGCAGACGAGCCCUCCUUCUGAUUGGAGACCCCAACCCUCAGGAUGAAGGCAUUUUUGAUGGUAGGUUGCGGUCAGAGUACUAUGAUACCUCUUGGUCGUCAACCUUUUGUAGUUUACAGACUUUCCAGAUGGCUUGUUCACUUCUCUGGCACUUUUUUUCCGUCUGCGCACCCAAUUUUUGCCCUUACAGUUUGCAGUGCUUGCAACCACUGGGGAGAUUUUUGCCUUAUUAGUCAUCAUAGACGCCCGACAGUCCUCAAAGGGGCUAGCAGUUAAGGUUCAGUCUGCCUGGAAACCACCCUACGAGAGGAGGGUCGUUUCUGUAAGACCGCCUGCGAGGGCCAUAUAUACAGGGUCUCAAGGUUACAUGCAUGCACCGUCUUCCGUCCUGAAAUCUAGAUCGGUCGGCGAACCCUACUCUCCCGAGAGCGCCUGAGCUCGUGGCUCAGAAUUCCCAAGGACCAGUUCGUCGCCUUUAAGUCCUCGGGUCUUAACGGUCUCUGGUUAUGGUAUGACUGUUGACGGAACCCGCCCUCAUUGUUGUUGUUGGUGACACUUCUCCAAUGAAGAGCCGACCCAGCUCUUUGAAACGUCAGCAGCUAAAUAAACCUGUUCCGGAGAGCCUAUUUUCUUCUUCAAAUAAUCUUCCCGGAUCUCUCAACUUUGCUAAUCUAAACUUAACCCUAUUCUCUACUGACUGCAUCGAGUAGCUUUCAGGCAGACCGGUAAGCAAAACCCAAUCCUCCCGAAAACCACCCUACUUGUCUACCUGCGCCCUUCUUAGACAACUAGGUCUAAAUGUUUUACCCGGUCCCGUAAAGGCAACAGCCUUAUCGCCAACCGCUAAUGCAGCCUAGUGGAGAACCAGUGACUAUUCGUAAGCGUAAGUACCAGUGUUGACCAUAUUUCAUCAUCGUCUUUCCAGGACGAGCAGCGUGCCCGAAGAGCAGCGGAGGGCCUCUCUGCGGAAGACGGUGGAAUGGAAGGAGACGAUUUGGGGGUUCGUGACUUUGCCGGCGAGCAGCUAAACCAACGCCUACUCUAUCGCGAUCAGACAGACGCCUAUCUACAAUCAAGACACGAAACAGUACGCACCAUCGAGCACACCAUCGUUGAGCUGGGUCAGAUUUUUCAACAGCUCGCGACUAUGGUAAGUAGUGUUCAGUUGUUUUAUUUAUCAAGCAACGCCAGCUCUCUCGCCUCGUCCUUGUUCUCUCUAGCUGUCCGCUAGGCACGCUGUUUUCCCAUGUAAUGCGUAUUUAGGGGAUAACAUUAACAGUCUGUAACCCCUGAAAAGGACUGAUUGAAGGACGAAUUGCGGGCAUUCCGUUUCGCCCUGCAGUUCCCGCCCAUAUCCCUGACAACCGGCCGUAGAACGAUCGGUGACAAGUACUGAUAACAGUUCGGCUGGCGCAAGCGACGGCUUUCACCGCAUGGCGCAGCGCCGUUGACUUGCGAAGCGUCUAUCGCACUCGUUCCCCCCACCCACCUUGCUCUGAUGACAAGGUCAAAACAAGUGAAGAUGGGUGCGUGCUUGCUGUAUAGCAAAGUUAGAUAGCCUGUUAUCUUUGAUGCAUUUUCCGCCAGAGCAAGUGGUCAUCUCGGCUGGUGAGCCCAUCACAUCCCUUGGGUGGACGUGUACUCGGAACUUGCAGUCCAUCUACAAAUUAGCGGCGGCUCAUGCGUCGCCGAAGGUCAUCCUCGUUAUUCAUUUUACUAGGCAGGUAAUAUUCACUGGCUGAUGACGGAAACUAGGUCAGGGAUGGCCAUGUGACCGCCUGCAUGGUUUGUGAACUUUCCAUUUCCGUGCAGAACGGAAAUGCCCACUUCCGUCCUGUAGUCUGAGUCAAUCGCUACACUUCGCUCCCGGUGUUCUGACAAUGAAGAAAGCGGCAGGAACCAGGACUCGCCAGGCCACUUCAAUGGUUUUAGCCUAUUCGCUGGUCCGAUGUGUUGUAAUUUCUGAUCCUCCCAUCGGCUAAAAACCAUGCUGUGGCUGCAGCAGACCCGUUUGCCGCCUCUUCUAUCUGUUUACAUAUCGUCUGAUAAUUUGUGUGCUGACCUUCGCCUAAUGACGUUCUUGUCUUCUCUCGCGUCAACCCAGGUGCAUGAACAGGAGGAGAGCGUCCAGCGCAUUGACGCCAACGUCGAGGACGCAGUUGCCUCGGUGGAGGCCGGCCACAAUGAAUUGUUGCGUUACUUCCGAUCUGUCAGCUCCAAUCGUUGGCUGAUGUUUAAAGUCUUUGGCGUACUGUUUGCCUUUCUCCUCUUCUUCCUCAUCUUCGUUGUGUGA